UAUAUUGCCAACUAGUAUGAAAAAAAUUAUUUACAUAGGAGGCCAUUCCUGACAGCUUGUUAUUUGACAUUUAUCGAUUUGUUUUCGCAGUGUGCAGGUCAAUGGCGUGAGUGGUCAUAAAUUGAGUGUUUAUUUCAAAAAAUAAGGACAGAAUGGCGGGGAAAAAGUGGUCUUACAAAGAAUUGGAAAAUAUGACCUAUGAAGAGUACAGGAAUAUAUUUUUUGAGGACAUACCUUCAGGAAAUGAAUCGGAGGAUGAUCAAAGUGGGUCAGAUGAAGACUUCGUGGAUGUGGAUGUGCACAACGCCACUAAUACAAAUAAUAAUGUUGGUAUUCACCCUGAGAGGGUCUCUGAUAGUGAUAGUUCUUAUAGCGACGAUGACCUCAUACCCCUUGCAGAUUUGCAGAAGAAACUCAGUUUAGAUAAAUUUGUUUGGAAAAAAGUUGCAACAAACUACACGGCACCCCAAGAAUUUACCAAGGAUUCUGGACCUUGCAAUAUAUUAGAUGACAUUGAGCGCCCUGUUGAGGUAUUUUUGUGUCUUUUUCCGGACAGUUUGUUUGACCACAUCGUCUUCCAAACCAACCUGUAUGCAACACAAGCAAGCGCCCGUUCCGGAAAACUUUUCACACCCACGAAUACAAUGGAAAUGAAGAAAUUUGUUGCGAUAAAUAUACUCAUGGGAAUAAAGCGUCUACCUUCUUAUCGGGACUUCUGGUCGACGCAGAUUGAGCUUCGGGAUAAAUAUAUUUCAAGUCUUAUACCCAGAACAAGAUUUGAUUGGUUGUUAGGAAACGUUCAUUUGAAUGAUAGCGUAAUGCAGCCCAAACGCGGAGAGCCCCUAUACGAUAAGUUAUACAAAGUCCGUCCUAUUCUACAGAUUCUAUCAGAAAAUUAUGCGAAAUAUUAUAAACCAACCAAAAACGUUUCCAUCGACGAAUCAAUGAUUAGAUUCAAAGGACGAUCUUCCCUGCGCCAGUAUAUGCCGAAUAAACCGAUCAAGCGUGGGUAUAAAGUGUUGGUUAGAGCAUCGGAGAGUGGAUAUGUGGAUCAUUUUCAAAUUUAUACGGGAAAAAAUGGAGAAAAUGCAGAAAAAAAUUUGGGUGCCAGGGUGGUAACUGACCUUACAAGAUCAUUAGUGAAUGGUCAUCAUAUUGUCUAUUUUGAUAACUAUUUUACCUCUUUAAUGCUUUUGCGGCAACUGAAAUUAGAUAAAAUAUAUGCCUGUGGAACAAUUAGGCAAAAUCGUGUAGGAAUACCAACUGAUGUAAAAGAAGACAAAGCAUCGAAACGAGGCGAGAGUGACUUUCGAGUAACAGAUGAUGGGAUUACAUUUUGCAAAUGGAAGGAUAAAAGAGUAGUUGCAAUGGCAAGUAAUUUUCACAUGCCGGGAAUAAUAGAGACAGUUGAGAGAAAGAAAAAGGAUGGAGAGAGAGAAACGAUUGCAUGCCCUGUCAUUAUAAAGAACUACAAUGCAAACAUGGGUUAUGUGGAUAAAGCUGAUAUUCUAAAAUCAACCUAUGAACUGGAUAGAAAAAGUCGAAAAUGGUGGCACAGGAUUAUGUGGCAUUUUGUUGAUGUCACCAUAGUCAAUGCAUAUAUUUUAUACACUGAAAGGUGUAAGGAAAAAUCCUUAGAUUUGAAAAGUUUUCGUUUGAGUGUAGCAACUGGAUUGGUUGGUGCAGCUUCUAAAAAUCCCCGAAGAGGUAGACCAAGUACUGAAAUGCCCCCAAACAAAUUCAAAGCAAACAUUCCUCUAGAAAAGCGCACAGACCAAGCUGCUCAUAUGCCAAAACAUUCGUCUUCGAGAAGAUGUGCAUUUUGCAGCACAAAAGCGGAACAACACCGUACGCGAUGGUCGUGCAGUACUUGCAAUGUCGGUUUGUGUCUCACUGACCAAAAAAAUUGCUUUGAAAAAUAUCAUAGCAAAUAA